CGUCUGACUACGCGCGGCGCUCACCACCAACAUGUGGUCCAGCAGGACCUGCGAACCUUACAUGUGAAGACAUGGAUAGUGCAGUUGUUGAUGAAAAGGCUGCAGAGAAACUAAAAUGCAUUCCACUGAGUGACAACACAGUUUCCAGAAGGAUUAUUGAUAUUUCAAGCAACCUUGAGGAGCAGCUUAUUUCAAACUGAAGACGGCAGGGGACUUUUCCAUCCAGCUGGAUGAAAGCUCAGAUGUUUCCGACUGUGCAACUUUAUUGGUCUAUGUGAGAUAUGUCUGGGAAAAAAGAGUUUGUAGAGGACUUGUUAUGCUGUUUGAAUAUUCCGACCAGGACUACAGGUGAGCAGAUAUUUAGCGUGUUGAAUGACUACGUGGUUACAAAGUCCGGCCUGGACUGGAGGCGCUGUAAAGGCAUAACAACUGACAGAGCUGCAAACAUAACGGGCAAAAACAGCGGAGUUGUAAAAAAAGUUAAAGACGCAGCCGGCGAGGACAUGGUGUGGAACCACUGUUUUAUUCAUCGGCACACGUUGGCAUGCAAAGGAAUGCCUGCUGAUCUCGACAAAACUCUAAAAGAAGUUAUCCGUGUUGUGAACUUCAUUAAGAGCAGUUCCCUGAACUGCCGGCUUUUUGAUCAGCUGUGCUGCGACAUGGGAGCGGAGCACACGCACCUACUGUUUCAUACAGAGGUGCGCUGGCUUUCCAGGAUGAGUUCUGACCAGAGUAUAUGAACUGAGAAAUGAAAUGAAAUUCUUGGAGAAGAAGUCCCCUCUUGCUGAUCUGUUUACUGAUGAGUGGGUUUUUACAUUGUCAUAUCUGGCAGAUAUAUUUUCAUGGCUGAAUGAGCUGAAUUUGAAACUGCAGGGAGAGCAUGAUGACGUUUUCCACAACUGUAAACAUGUUCUCACUUUUCAGAAGUCUCUAAAAUUGUGGCUUGCACGCCUCAAAGGACCAAAACCAUGUCUUUACAUGUUUCCAAAUGUGUUAAAACACAUAGAAGAAAAUGAUGUCACUGACACACAAGUAAAACAUCUUACUGAACUCAUUGUAACACACAUUGUAGCUCUUAAUAAUAGUUUUGACUGCUAUUUUCCAAAA